GUCCUGCUUCGGCGGCGGCGCGCUGAUUGGCCGCCCUCCCGAAUGGAACGUUGGGGAGUCUGAACGUUCCAAAGUUCCUUUUCGUUCUUCUCGCUCCUUUUUGUUCGUCUUCCUCCGGCCCUUGCAUUGAGGUCGGGGGCAAGGCUGGGGCGGGGAGAACGGGGCUCUUUCCUCCUCUCCGAGCCGACCUUCCAGCCCCAGAGAGAAGAGGAUUCUCGGAUCUAAAGCAUUUCCAAGAGAUCCCUUUGGAAAGGGACCCAAGGCGUGGUUCGCAGCAGCCGGGCGGCCGGCUGGAAGAGGAGCGAAAAAAGUCGCGAGAAGGUGACUUUUCGAGAUGGUAGAACACCUGGCUAAUACCGAGAUUAAUAGCCAACGUAUUGCUGCUGUAGAGAACUGCUUCGGGGCAUCGGGUCAGCCGCUGGCCAUGCCAGGAAGGGUCCUCUUGGGCGAAGGUAUUUUGACCAAAGAAUGCCGCAAAAAAGCCAAGCCACGGAUCUUCUUCCUGUUCAACGACCUCCUUGUGUACGGAAGCAUUGUGAUCAACAAGAGGAAGUACAGCUCACAGCACAUCAUACCCCUGGACGAAGUCACCUUGGAAAACUUGCCAGAUACGUUGCAAACGAAGAACCGGUGGAUGAUCAAAACGUCGAAGAAAUCCUUUGUCGUUUCUGCAGCCUCCCUUACCGAGAGGAAAGAGUGGAUCAACCAUCUGGAAGAAUGCAUUCGUCUCUUGCUGUCCAAAACGGGCCAGCAGCCCCCGACAGAACAUGCCGCACCCUGGAUCCCUGACAAGGCCACUGAUAUUUGCAUGCGUUGCACGCACACCAAAUUCUCCACUCUCACACGCCGGCACCACUGUCGAAAAUGCGGCUUUGUUGUGUGCGGAGAGUGCUCCCGACAGAGGUUUCUCAUGCCCCGGCUCUCUCCCAAGCCUUUGAGGGUCUGUAACCUUUGCUAUAAACAACUGGUGGCAGAAAAAAAGAAAAGCGAAGAGCACUGUGGCCAGGGGAAACCCGCAGAUUCCCCUGUAGGUGGCUACGACCCUUCAAGCGGUGAUGACAGCGACAGGUCUGACGAGGAUAAACUGGACUACUGGCCUACCGAUACUGAUUUUUACACAUCGGACGUGGCAUGGUCGUCUUUCCAUAGCUGACCUUUUUGCAGUAUUGUUAAUUGUAGGAUCCGUGUUGCUACUUUUGAGGAGUAAAGAGGACAGGCACGAGGCUUAAUGCACUUUUUUCAGAGUUUCUUGAUUGUGUUCCUCAAUUCUCCUAUUCUGUGAAUAAGGAAGAAGGUCUUAUUGUGUCAAGUAUGUGUGGGAGAGGCCAUUGUCACUCUAAGAGUUAGAGGUAGAUGCUUAGAACAAUCCCAGACGUGACAAGUUUUCUAAGAAGGUUGGAGCUUGUCCUGUUUUCAGUUCCUAAAGUGUUGACAUCGUACACCUAGAUGAAAGGGGGAAAGUUCCAUUGGAACAGCCGUGGUAUAUGCUGGAAAAUUCUGCUUUCCUUCAAGCUGGAAGCCACAUUCCAGAUCUAACAAUCACUAUGGAACCUACAUGAAGGUCCAGGAAUCCAAGAUGAUGGCCUACUUUGUGGGCAAUAAUACAAGCACUUGGUUGCUACUUCCCCCCCAAAAUCAAAUGCUUCGUGUUGAGUUUGGCUGUUCACUCAAGAGCCUUAUUUUGAUCAACAGGAUGCGGAAAGGAGAAGACUGUAUGACGAUGUUGCAUUGACCUAGAUCCAUUUCAGACAUAUCAAAGAGAUUGUUUAUUUAACGAGCUGUUGAAUUAAUAGGCAGGCAUGCUCUUCCUCUUGUGUAGUAGUGUCCCAGCACAGAAGUCUUUGGCUAACUCCAGUUGGUCGUUAUGCCCAAAUAAGGGAGUCUUAAUAUACUGGUGUUAGCUAUUUCCACCAUUACUGGAAUUCCUAACCCAGAUGAAACUGUGGUUAACAGUGCAAUCCUAAACCGAGUUGCAUCUUUCGAAGCCAACAUUGAUUUCACUGGACUUAGAGGGGUAUAACUCUGCUUACAGAUUGCACUGUGUAAAGCCGCAAUCUUAAGAAUGCUUACUUGGGAGCAAAUCCCAUUAACUAAAGUGGAAGUUACUUUGGAAUAAACUCAUAGGAUUGUGCUGUAAGAAUCCCCAGUUGCUGGGAAAGAAACUAAUUUCAGACUAAGGUUGCCUGCAAGUUGCAAUUAAUUGGAGUGAGUGGAAAGCUCCCAUCUUUAGGCCAGAGGAGGGAAACGAGAGCACACACAACUAGUUAACCAGUUACAUGCCCAUCGCAAAUAAGCUCCAGUGUGAAGCGAGCCUUCAGUUUAAGUUGAGUUCAGCACUAGGAGAAUUUUAGGAGUGGAAACUUGGAAAUCAGUCGUGGUAGUUUGGAAAUUAAUUUAUAGUGUUAGCAUCUAUCUCUGAAUUUACAUUAUGAGUUUUGGCCUUAAAGUGUGGAUUUCCUCUAGCUUCAGCAUUGCUUGAUUUUUAUCAUAUUCAAAAUAAUAAUUAAAAGAAUGCAGGCCCUGGCUUUUCAGUGUCUUAUUUUAAGGUAAAAGGAGAAUUUUGGGCUAAAAUAGUAAAUGCCAAAGAAACCAUAUAAAACUGCUCUGAAAUACAAGCCAUAUUUAGAGUACAAAAUUGCAGUUUGUAGGCAGCAUUGCCUACAAGACAAAACCCCUAUUUUCAUCCAUUAAUUUAUUUAAAAUUAUGCAUGCUUAAAAAUUGCUAUCACUUAAUAGAAUAAUGAUCGUUGCAACAAAAGGGUCUUUAAUGGAAGAAAACCACAGCUUCUAUCAUACAUAUUUCAAAUAUCGAGUUUAAUUUUAAUGAAGUGCCUGUGUGUGACUUGUUUGUGGGGGGAAGGGGAGGCUUCCUCCUCUUGCUAAGAUUUCCAGAAAUCUCAGCUCUUAUCGUUUCUUUUAAAGCAAGUUUCUGGUUUUCAGAAUUGGAGAGAAAUAAGAUGCAAUGCUGAUAGCCAGAGUGUAAGUCCGAGUUGCGUCGCGUGUAGCUAGCAGGACUUACGAUGACUAUAUCCUUUCCAUGCCAUUUGUUUUCAGUUAAAACAGGCCGCUAUGUUGCCAUUAUUAUCUGCUCACCUCAAAAUCAUGAGAGCGGCUAAGCUUAAGAACUGACUGGCUUUCUUGCUUAGUAUUUUAACCACAUUCUUCUGCGGCCGUGGGAGUGACACGCUUACUUCAUGUUGCUUAUAUAAGAGCUGGGAUUUGCACUGAGAAUUUUAAUGAGAGGUUGCUAACCAUACAAAAGGGACUUCUAGCCUAUGUGGAGGAUCCCCCUCCCCUAUAAACACACACACACAGAUGUCCCAUUAAGGGACAGAGUUCUGGGAGGGGGGGUGAAUGAAACCCCGUUAAACCUAGUUUGAGCCUGCAUGUCUCAGUUUAGAAACUAAGCAUCAAUCAGCGCUUUGCUGGAAAUAAAGUAUUUUUAAAAAACCCAAAAUGGCUUAUUUAUACUUUUAUAUUAGGAUCUAUGUAACCAAAUUAUUAUACUAUUGUUGACCAUUAGACAAUAGUGACUUUCUUAGUGCAGAUAAUCUUAUAACUAAACUAGGAGCCAUUCCUAUUGACUGCAUAUCUUGCUUUUUGUUUGUCUUUUCCCUUUCUGUGCAGAAAUACUAGUUGGUAUUUUAAACCUACAGCUCCCUAAUGAGUUUUCUCCAUUUGCCAAUAUGUUUACAUUGGAGCUGAACUUCUUUUUUCUAAUUAACCAUUCCACCUCCCCUUUUUAUUUAUGGAUAAAUCAUUGAUUAAAGAUUACAAUGUA